UGGUCUUUUUUUGCUUUGGAGACAUCCUCUUGAUCUGUGAUUGGCUAUGUUACCGACAGCAGCCACCUCCCUAACUUACAACUUUACGGAGGUUUCUUUUCGCCUUCUUAUAAGUGAGCACUGCCAUGUUCCUUCACAAAUGUAGACGCUUGCAAUUUGCAAGAAUUAGUUUAUUAUCUCAAAAUGAAUACAAUCGCUCUAAAACUUAUCCCAGCUCCACAAGAGCAGACCGAAACGCCAUGGUCUGAUCAGCAGCUACUCGAAGACGACGAGCCCAAAGACUCAGGCAGUGUCCACACCCAGCGUCAACGAAGACCGGCCAAAGUCUGGAUGUGGGAAAUCAUCGCUGGCGUGGCCGCUGUCGCCAUCAUUGUCAGCGUAAUCGCCAUGCUGUCGCACUAUGAUACAAAGACUCUCCCAGAAUGGCCGUUGCAUAUCAACAUUAACGCUUCCGUCUCCAUCCUGGCUGAUCUCUUGAGAGCCUGCCUCGUUGCUUUGGCUGCUACUAUCAUUGCCCAAUCUAAAUGGAUCUGGUUCUCAAAGAAGCCACGGCCUAUGAACCAAUUCCAGUUAUUCGAGAACGCCAAGAGCAGCAUCAUCGGCUCCGUCUCACUCUUGGCGACGCUUCCGAACCACGCUCCGACCUGGAUAGCGUCAGUACUCACAAUACUAGCUAUUGGCAUUGGUCCAUUUACGCAACAAGCGCUACAAACUGAAGAAUGCAUCCAAAUGCGGGAACUUAAUGGUGCAAGAGUGCCUAUCACCCACUAUGGUGGCAGCAACAUGUUCCAAACGAGACAGACCAACGCAACGCUACAAGGAAAUAUUAUUCAUAGCUUCUUCAAUCCCUCAUUUAUUAACAAGCAGAUCGACUUCUUCUGUUCCACGGGCAACUGCUCAUUCCCCGAAACGAAGCCUGGCAUCUCCUACUCAUCCAUGGGCGCCUGCUCGCUCUGCACCGACACGACCAAGGGCGCGAAAAUGGACCAGCUACACUACAAGACCAACUUCACCUUCAAUCAUGCAACCAUCGACAAUAUUAGCACGGUUAUGUCAACAUGGCAGUGGCGAUAUUCUGACAGUUUGGAACCCUAUCUACCGCCCGAGAUGUGGACGCUGCGAUCUUCCGCUAUGACCAAUCUCACCAUCGUAGCUGCUCCAACGACUCUCCAAGACCACGAUGGCUGGCGAUUCAAGAUUGCUCUUGAUCGGGCCGUCGCGGCAGCAUGUAUCAUGUAUCCUUGCAUCAAAGACUACCAGGCCAACAUCCGAAAUGGUGUGCUCAACGAAACAGUUGUUUCUACAACGCCUAUGAGCACACUCAUGCCUAACGUUGACUUCUGGAAUUUGAUAGAAAAGAACAUGACAGGUCUACGAACGCCAUGCGAGCUUGACCAGAAGACUUACACGCUCGACAACAUCGCGCAGGUACCUCAAAUACCAGGGCGCACAUUUGUCAUCUGGAACAAGGAUGGUGCUAACAUAACGGUGCCUCUUGACUGUUUGUACAUGGUAGAGCGCUUUUAUCUGGAGGAUAUAGCAUCCAUAACAUCGUAUGUGGUAGGUGGCAGUUGCUAUCGUAACAGGGACACGGGUCAGUUGUUCUGCAUAACGGAUCCUUUGAAGACACGCGAUGGGAAUACUGGUAACGUCAGCACCAUACGAACACCAUCGCCGGCGUUUUGGCUCGAGCCAUUUUUGAAUAACAACAGUGUGACGUUUGCUAGCAUCAACGAGACGUUUCACAACAUGAGCGUUACUGUAACUAACCAUAUGCGCAACUUUGGUGCUGAUGUGUAUUCAGGAACGAGAGCGCCAGCAGCUAGGGGAAACGUCGAGAUAUCGACAACUUGUAUUCGGUUUGAAUGGAAGUGGCUCAUCUUCCCUAUUGUGCUCGCAGCAAUUGGGCUGGGGUUGCUAGUAUGGGUCAUUGUAGCAGACCAGACAGAUCCCACCAGACCGGUUUGGAAGAGUUCAGUGCUCCCACUGCUAUUAUAUGAAACUAAGGGCGAUUUAUGCAGAGAGGAGCAGGUAGAAGAGUUGGACACACUGGAGGAUAUAGCUGAAAAGACGGCGGUGAGAUUCCAAUAUGGCAACAAGCCUGGUUUUGUCACGCAGCAAUAA